UUUUUAUUUUGUGAUUGCAGGGUGGUGAAGGAAGAGAUCUCCGAUGACAAUGCCAAGCUGCCAUGUUUUAAUGGCCGUGUUGUGUCCUGGCUGGUCUCUGCUGAGACUUCACAACCUGAUCAGAUUCCACCACCUCCCCCUCCUGAGACGAGACCGGAACCUUCCCCUCUUCCUCCUCCGCUUCCACCACCCCCUGUGGAGAGGACCAGUGGCAUCGGAGACUCGCGCCCUCCCUCGUUCCAUCCAAAUGUAUCUGACAGCGCCGAGAACCUGGACCAGGAAACAGAGACCGAGUCUGUUGUGUCUGUUCGAAGGGAGCGUCCGCGAAGGAGAGAGAGCACUGACCAAGGCCGAGCUUUGAAUGGGAGAACUGAUCGGCAUCUGUCUGGUUAUGAAUCCUCCUCCACGCUCCUCACCAGUGAGAUAGAGACCAGUAUCUGUGAUUCUGAAGACGAUGACACCAUGAGCAGCUCUGCUGUCUCUCUGGAGCCACUAAUAUGCAUGUCUAGGGUAUGUGUUCACUUCCUCUUCAUUGCCUGACCCUCCUGCAAUC